CGAAGACACACUCCAAGAAACCAAGAACACCGGCCACACGCACGCGCACGCACGGCAGGCGAGGCCGAGGACGAACAGACGAUAAAGGAAGCAAUGGCUCCGUCGCUCGCGUCGACGGCGGGGCUCCCGAGCUGCGGGGCGCGGCGCGGCGGCCGGUGCGUGGCCCGCCGCGCGUCCGCGGUUGCGACUCCGGCGACGGCGACGGCGAGGACGCACUACGAGGUGCUCGGGGUCGGGGCCGGCGCGAGCCGGUGCGAGAUCAAGGCGGCGUACCGGCGCCUGGCGAGGGAGGUGCACCCGGACUGCGGCGGCCGCGGCGACGAGGGGUUCAUCCGCCUGCACGCCGCGUACGCCACGCUCGCGGACCCCGACGAGCGCGCGCGCUACGACCGCGCCGCGGCGGUCCGGAGCCGGAUCAGGGCGGCGCCGUCGGGGUCCGGGGCGGGGUUCCGGCCGCGAAGGUGGGAGACGGACCAGUGCUGGUAGCACCGUAGCAGCAGCCACGUAGACGUAGCUGCGCCGGCGGUGGAGUGGAGUCGCCGGAGCGCGCUCGGUGGUCUGGUCCGUUCCCAGGGCCAGUUGCGACCAUGGGGCCCAUAUUGAAGACAGCCCACAUGAAAAACGGACCGCGAUCCUGGCAGCCCACAUGAGUUGGGAUCGUGGACUUUAUGGGCUGCAGGCUUCGUAGGCCUUUCGCGCCAGACCUGGCGCUGGAUAUUGUUGUAGGCCAUCUUGUCUUGGGAUCAUAGAGCUGCACGAAGAGACAUUUUUAACAUCUCUUUUGCACUGCUGCUACUCCUUCCACUCUAAAUUGUAAAAUAUUUUUAUCUUUUUAUUAACAUAUUAUGUUUACUAGUAUAUGUUUAUAUAUCGUGUAUAUAAUUAAAACAUUGUAUCUAGCGUCUUAUAA